AUCCAUUUCAAUGGUGCGACUUUCCCAAGCCCCUUUCCAUCGUCCAUCAUCACCUUCAGGCCGGUCGGAGGAAGGGGAGGAGAAGAGGAUGAAGGCGGCCAAGCAGCAGGUGACCCCGGCUGGGGAGAGCCCGGCUCCCGCCAGCCCCCUGCAGUCCGCGCUGAGCACGGCGGCCUCUCCUUCCCAGGCCUAUGAGAUCUACAUCGACAACGGGCUCAUCUGCCUCAAACACAAGAUCAGGAACAUCGAGAAAAAGAAGCUCAAACUAGAAGAUUACAAAGAUCGUCUGAAGAAGGGGGAAGCCCUCAAUCAAGACCAAUUGGAGGCAGUAGAGAAAUAUGAUGAAGUAGUGCACAACCUGGAAUUUGCCAAGGAGCUUCAGAAGACUUUUUCAGGGCUUAGCCAAGAUCUGCUGAAAGCACAGAAGAAGGCUCAGCGGAGAGAGAGUCUAUUGAAGCUAGAAGCAGAGAAGAAGAAGCUGCGUACAAUACUUCAAGUCCAGUAUGUGCUGCAGAACUUCACUCAAGAGCAUGUUCAGAAAGAUUUCAAAGGUGGUGUGAAUGGUGCAAUAUACUUGCCUUCUAAAGAACUAGACUACCUCAUAAGAUUUGCAAAACUGACAUGUCCAGAAAGAAAUGAGAACCUGAGUGUUGAAGACCAGAUGGAGCAAUCAUCUCUCUACUUCUGGGACCUUCUAGAAGGAAGUGAGAAACCUGUGGUUGGAACAACAUAUAAACACAUGAAGGACCUGUUGUCCAAGCUUCUAGACUCUGGCUACUUUGAAAGUAUCCCAACUCCUCGCACCACUGUGCCAGUAAAAGAAUUGGAAGAAGAAGUAAAUAGAAAACCUGAGAAAACAAGACAGCUGUCAAAAGGAGAGUCUGCCAAAGAAUCAGAAUCCAUUAUGGAGCUUAUGAAAUCUGAAAUACAGCCACAGGAGUUUCUCAACAGGCGUUAUUUGCCUGAAGCAGAAUACUCUGUCAAGAAGAAGGCAGAAGAGCCCAGAUCUUGGGAAGCCGAGUGUGCUAGAAAACAAGAACCUCCAAAGUCCUGGGAAAUGCUUGUUGAUAUUAAAGAGCAGGAACAGAAGCAGAAACAAGAGACCUUAAAGCCUUGGGAAGCUCGUGUUAGACAGCAAGAACUCAAGAGACCAGAUUCUCCAAAGCCUUGGGAAGCUCGUGUUAGAGAGGAGGAACAGAAGUGUGAGUCUGCAAAGUCCUGGGAGUCCUGUGUGGAGGAGGAACAGCAGAAGAAGCCAGAAGCUCCAAAGGCAUGGGUAGCACGUGUCCAAGAGGAGCAGGAGUCUCCCAAACCCUGGGUAGCAAAGGUCAGGGAAGAGCAGGACCAGAAGAAACAGGAAUCACCUAAGCCAUGGGUAACAAAAGUUAGGGAAGAGCAGGAACAGAAAAAGCAGGAAUCCUCAAAACCUUGGGUAACCAAAGUUAAGGAAGAACCAGAAGAAAAGCAGGAAUCUCCAAAACCUUGGGUAACCCAAACUAGGGAGCAACCAGAACAAAAGAAGCCAGACCCUGUGAAAACAUGGGAAGUGCCUGUUAGGGAAGAGCCAGAGAAGCAGGAGCCUGUGAAGGCUUGGGCUGCACAUGUUAGGGAGGAGCCAGAACAAAAGAAGCAGGAGACUCGAGAGGCUUGGGAAAAAGCUGACAGGCAGCAGCAAGUGUCAUCACCGCAGUUACAGAACCCUCCGAAGUCCUGGGCAGCUGCCAGUAUGGGGCCAAAGGAACAGAUGGGCCCAAAGAAGUUUGAUAUGGAACCCAAAGAAGUGCCUAAACCUGCACAUCAGCCAGCUGCAGAAUUUUGCUCUACUUCAACUCUUCCAAAAGAUCCAGUAUUGAGAAGGGAAAAACUUCAGGAUCUGAUGACUCAGAUACAAGGGACGUACAACUUCAUGCAAGAGUCCAUUCUGGAUUUUGAUAAGGCUUCACCAAGUGCCAUUGGUUCAUCCCAACCUCCUUCAGUUACUCCAGCAAGUAGUCCUGUAGCUUCAAAAGAGCAGAAACUGCCAAGUCAGAGUGAUUUUCUUCAACAACCUCUUCAAGCUGCUGCUUCAUCAAUGGUGCUGCAUGGUUCAAACACUUCCCUAGCAUCUGCUGAUCAUGCUCUUUCUGGCUCUGAAACUGAAGACUUGGUGACACCACAGGCAUCAACAUCACUUUCUCAAGAGAAUGAGAAAUAUACUUCCCAACCUCUGUAUCAGACAAGUUCACGUAUUUCUGAGCCACUGAUACCUAAAAAGAUUGCAAUUGCCCAGGCAACUAUUCCUCUCCCAAGUGAGCCACAGUCGCCAUUGCCUACUUCAAGUACCCCCGUGCCAUCAGUGCCACCAGCACAAAGCUUUCAGUCUCCUCCAGCAAGCAGCAGCUCUGUCACAAUAACAGCAGCUCCCUUUCAGGCUAUGCAGACUGUGUUUAAAGUGAAUGCACCACUGCCUCCACGUAAAGACCAAGAAAUUAAAGAGGAUUCUUCAUAUUCAGCGGGAUAUAACCAGAGUUUCUCCACAGCAAGUACACAGACUCCUCCUCAAUGCCAGUUGCAAUCUUCUCAUGUUGCAGAACACACCUCUCUUUCACAAGAAUCUCUGUCAUCAGCAGUGAACUAUCAACCUGAUGGAGCUGUUCCUGUUAGCAAUGGUAGCCUUGCCUUUUAUCCAGCACAGGCUAAUGUUAUUCCCAGACCCCCUCAGCCUUACCUCAACAGCCGUGGGUCUGUCAGAGGGUCUGCUAGAGGUGGAAGGUCACUGGCUAAUUCAUACCGCUCCCCUGCUGGGUACAAAGGUUUUGAUGCUUACAGAGGUUCACCUUCAUUAACUAAUGGCAACUAUGGCCAGCUACAGUUUCCUGGUAGAGAUUAUGCUGGAAUGCCAUAUUCUCAGAGGGAUGUUAAUUACCAGCAGUGCUAUAAACGAGGUGGGAUAAGUAGUGGUCCUCGAGCAAAUUCAAGAGCAGGGUGGAGUGACUCCUCUCAGGUGAGCAGCCCAGAACGAGACAAUGAGACCUUCAACAGUGGGGACUCUGGGCAGGGAGACUCUCGCAGCAUCACCCCUGUGGAUAUGCCAGUGACCAGCCAGGCUGCCACCAUCCUCCCGGUGCACGUCUACCCGCUGCCACAGCAGAUGAGGGUCGCCUUCUCUGCCGCUCGAACAUCCAACCUGGCUCCUGGAACUCUAGACCAACCCAUUGUGUUUGACCUGUUGCUGAAUAACCUUGGAGAAACUUUUGAUAUCCAGCUUGGUAGGUUCAACUGUCCAGUGAAUGGUACCUAUGUCUUCAUCUUCCACAUGCUGAAACUGGCUGUCAAUGUCCCUCUGUAUGUGAAUCUCAUGAAGAAUGAAGAGGUCCUUGUGUCAGCGUAUGCAAAUGAUGGGGCUCCUGACCAUGAAACAGCCAGUAACCAUGCGGUCCUGCAGCUCUUCCAGGGAGACCAGAUCUGGCUACGGCUGCAUCGGGGGGCCAUCUAUGGAAGUAGCUGGAAAUACUCCACCUUUUCGGGAUACCUCCUUUAUCAGGACUAAAAUCCAGUGCAAUGUUUACAAAAGAGCUGCUCCAAACACCUUGGUGAGGGGGGUGGGACUAGCUUUGCACUUAUUACUGACUUUAUAGAGGAUAUGUGGUUCCAUUAUUGGUGGGAAAUGGUGGUCCUGUUUUUGCAAGGUGAAA